GGGCCGACCGCGGUGCACUGUGGGGAGGGUGUAGUAAGAUGGCGGCUCCCUCUCCCAAAUGGAGACGGGUAACCGGAGCCACCGGACCGGUCCCUCGCCCUCGACACGGUCACCGGGUGGUGGCCAUCAAAGAGCUGAUGAUCAUCUUCGGCGGCGGCAACGAGGGGAUCGUGGACGAGCUGCACGUGUACAACACAGCCACAAACCAGUGGUUCAUCCCUGCUGUUAGAGGGGAUAUCCCACCCGGCUGCGCAGCGUAUGGUUUCAUCUGUGAUGGCACCAGGAUUCUGGUAUUUGGAGGAAUGGUGGAGUAUGGAAAGUAUAGCAAUGAUUUGUAUGAGCUGCAGGCAAGUCGAUGGGAAUGGAAGAAACUGAAACCGAAACCACCCAAAAACGGUCCACAGCCUUGUCCCCGCCUUGGUCACACCUUAUGUCUGGUUGGGAAUAAAUGUUAUUUAUUUGGAGGUUUGGCAAAUGAUAGCGAAGACCCAAAGAAUAAUAUUCCAAGGUACUUGAACGACUUGUACACAGUGGAACUUAAGACUGGAUCUGGUGUCGUAGGUUGGGACAUUCCUAUCACAUAUGGUACUCCUCCUCCUCCAAGGGAAUCUCAUACAGCAGUUGUUUAUAAAGAUGCGAAAAAACCAAAGAUGAUCAUUUAUGGAGGGAUGAGCGGGUGCAGACUUGGUGACCUUUGGAUAUUAGACGUGGAAAGCUUGGUUUGGACAAAGCCAGUAACCAAGGGUCAAACGCCACUCCCUCGGAGUUUGCAUUCUGCGACUGUCAUUGCGAAUAAAAUGUAUGUCUUUGGUGGCUGGGUACCACUUGUGAUGGAUGAUGUGAAAGUUGCCACUCAUGAAAAGGAAUGGAAGUGCACAAAUACACUUGCUUACUUACAUUUAGAUGGUCAUGCCUGGACACCUGUCAUUUUGGACACAUUGGAGGACAAUGUUCCAAGGGCUAGAGCUGGCCACUGUGCUGUCGCUAUUCACUCUCGUCUUUAUAUUUGGAGUGGUAGAGAUGGCUACCGGAAGGCUUGGAACAAUCAAGUCUGCUGCAAAGACCUUUGGUAUUUGGAAACUGAAAAGCCUCCCGCUCCUUCCCGCGUGCAGUUGGUUCGAGCCAGUACAAAUUCCCUCGAAGUGUGUUGGGGUGCUGUCCCAACAGCCGAUGCCUACCUCCUUCAGCUGCAGAAGUAUGACAUGCCACCAGCGACUGCCACCACCGCCAUGGCAUCGCCGUCACUAAGCAACACCUCACUGCCACAGAAGAUUCCCUGCAGCCCUAUAUCUCCUACGCCUGCUUCUCCAAUCACACCGCAGCCAGUAUCUAAAGUAGCACCUUCCACUGGUAUGCUGAUUCCUGGAAUGACAAGCAGAGUAACUGCAGUGCAAGUCCCUUCCGCCCAGCUGUCUGGAAUGUCUUCAGCAACCACUCACCUGGUUACAGUUUCCCAACAAGCUGUGCAGACGGUCAAAGCUGCAGUAUCUUCCUUGCCCACUGGAGUCCGUCUAGUUGUCCCUGCUCAGAGCACUACUAACGCUGUUCCCACUGUAGUAAAUGUAAAUACACCGGCCACAACUAUGCUGAAGACUGCAGCUGCACAAGUAGCGACAUCAUCUGGCCCACAAAGUUCUGCUUUGUCCCGUCCUAUUAUAACUGUACAUAAAUCUGGAGCCCUGACAGUAGCCCAACAGGCUCAAGUUGUCACCACUGUUGUGGGAGGUGUCACCAAAACCUUCACGCUUGUCAAAAGCCCGAUUCAAGUUGGCAGUGGAGGUUCCCUGAUCUCCAAUUUGGGGAAGAUGAUGACUCUCGUCCAGACAGCUCCUGUACAAAGUGGUGCAAUCACUGGCCAGGCCACAGCUGGGUCCUUAGCCCAAUUCAUUCAGGCCAAGGGCCCUUUUCCUCCGGGGACAAUAGUGAGACUGGUAACGGCAGCCGACGGUAAACCGACAACCAUAAUUACGACCUCACAAGCUGGUGCAAUAGGUAUGAAGCAAACUAUCCUGGGUCUUGGCGGCGUCUCACCAACUGGCAGCAAAACUGGAGCAAGUACCAUCAUGAAAACCAUCCCAGUUUCAGCAUUGAUGGCCCAGCCUAACGUUGCAGGUGUGAGUGCAUCUGCUGGUAUGAAAUCUCCAAUAACGAUAAUUACAACAAAAGUUGUCACAUCGGGAACAGGAACACCGGCAAAGAUCAUUACAGCCAUGCCAAAAUUUACCACAGGGCAUCCUGCUAUGACGCAGGUUGUUCUGAAGACGCCUGGAACAGCUGGUACCAUCCUACGAACUGUUGGUGGAUCUCCAGUAACAGUUAGUGGAGUCAGACUAGUUACACCUGUCACUGUGUCUUCAACCAAGCCUGCGGUCACAACAUUGCUAGUGAAAGGAACCACAGGUGUUACUUCGUUAGGCACAGUGACUGCCACAGUAUCUACAGCCCAAGCUGCAGUAUCUAGUCUUGCCUCAUCAGUGCCUAGUCGUGCCUCCUCUGUUUUCACAUCACCAGCCACUGCUCUGACGAGAGUAGCGACACUGGGUACCCAGGCCAUUGGUACAGCAAUUGACCCCUUGGCUGUGGCACCGGUAACAUUAAUGGCUACAACAGGAAUUGUCUCGAGUCCUGCUGUAGUUAAUACCGAGCCCAUGUUUGUGAUAUCAGAAGCCGUUUCCCCUUGUGUAACUGGCUUGGUUACACAUGCCAGUGAUAGUCAGGUGCCAGUCGUUGUGGAACAGCCCGCAGCUGCAGAGAAUGUUUCAGAGAAUAGCAUGCAAACAUCAGAGCAACAAAUACAUCAAGCGGCAGAAGAGCCAGCCCACGAAACCACCGAGACGAACACCACGAAUACAGCUACCUCCAGCACAGCAAACAUAUCUCUGAAUCAAAUUCAGCCACCAGAGACAAAUAACAACGGGUUACCGGAAAGUGUUCACGGAGAAACAGCGACUGCAGGAACAACAAACACAGCAACCACAGUAUCAGCAGCGCACGCUGGAGCAGUAACCACUGUUACACAGUCCACACCGACUCCAGGCCCUUCACUGCAGGCCAUUUCAACGGGAUCGGAAGUUACUUCCAGCAGCAGUUCCACUUUGUCAGAUUCAAGCACGUCACAUUUGGAACAUACUGCAGAAACUGCCCAGGAUCCAGCAAGUGUAGAGAGCCAUCCUUCACCUGAACAGACAAUUAAGGACUUUGACAAUGCAGCAAUCCCGCAGGUGGCCGAGACCCAGUCUCCUGAGCAGUCGGAGGCCUCCCACGAUCCUCCCGAGAAAGUGGAGAGUGAUAAACCGCCAGAAGCAUUGAGCCAAAACCUAGAACAGCAACCCCAUGCCACAGCAACUGAGCCUUUUGUUGCAGAAACAAACCCAGAGGACAACAUCCAACACAAAAUGACUGCUGGAGAAGUUCCAGUGUCCGUAUUACCCAAAGCUACAGAAUGCAGUAAUGUAAAGCCUCCAAUGGACGCUGCUGCUUCAGAAGCGAGCGUGGACUCCACUCAGCAUUUGCAACAUUGCCAGCAGCUUGUGCCCCAGAACCCAGAGAAACCAGCACCAGACGAGGGUCCAGUGCAGCCUCCAGUGCAACCGAGUACAACUCAAGCAGUAAUGUUGAAUCCUACAGAGACGAGCUUACAAGGCAGUCUGCAACCGCAGGUUACUGGUACUGUGGCUGCUCAUCAAUCCACCACUUCAAGUCCUGCCUGUUCACUUCCAUCAUCCUCCAGUACGGCAGCUGUGUCACCAAAUGAAGUCUCUAAUAGUAAUCCAGUAGCAAAUGGGAAACAAGAGAAUUCUUGUGCACCUCAAAAGGUGACUCCAAAGAAAGAAGGCAAUCCUUGGUACGAUGUAGGAAUCAUCAAAGGAAUCAGUUCGGUGGUAACUCAUUAUCACUUGCCACCAGAGGGCAGUCAAGGAGAGGAUGCAAGUGCUAACAUCCCAGACUACAGCAUGCUGAAAAAGCAAGAGCUCUUGCCAGGGACCGCGUAUAAAUUCAGGGUUGCAGGAAUCAACGCAUGUGGAAGGGGUUCCUUCAGCGAGAUAUGUGCAUUCAAAACUUGUCUCCCUGGAUUUCCUGGAGCUCCAUCAGCGAUCAAGAUAACCAAGAGUGCUGAUGGGGCUCACCUAACCUGGGAACCGCCUGCGACAACUGCUGGAAAAAUACUGGAGUAUUCCGUCUAUCUGGCAGUGCGCAGCAUUCAGGUGACAGAAUCCAAGUCUGGAAGCCCGGCCCAGCUGGCCUUUAUGCGGGUAUACUGUGGCACCAAGCCCUCGUGUGUGGUCUCCUCAUCACACCUUGCCAAUGCACACAUUGAUUGCACAACAAAGCCUGCUAUCAUUUUUAGGAUUGCAGCACGGAACGAGAAGGGAUACGGACCAGCUACACAAGUUAGAUGGCUUCAAGAUGCAGGUGCACAAGGAACAAAGAGCACAGUAAAGAGGUCUACAGUAUCACCAGACAACACUAAAAGUGGAGGUGCCAAGAAGUCCAAGUUUGAAUGAUGAAAAGACGACUUUUCUAUUUGCUGGAUGAAAGAAGUAAAGUACUGUCGGAUAGUAUUUGUAUUUAUUUUGUAAAUGUUUUGUAAUAUGUUCCUGUUAUACUCUUAAUUCCUAUAACUUGUGAGCUUCUUAGAGAAGGAAUUUAAUUUGUAUUAAUUGUAUAUAGUACAUUUCUUGUUUUAGAACUGUGACAGAUAGUCUUGAGGCAAGUUUUAAACGAUAGCUUUUUAGAAACAUUAUAAUGUAGAUUUUAAAUUUGUAUUAACAUUACUGUGCAGAGUUCAUCUAGGUGGCUUGUUUCUAAAGUGGAUUAUUCUGAAAUCACUACAGUAGUGAUUGGGUGUUUGCUGUGCAAGCAUUGGUUUAAAGAGUUUUCAAAGAAAUGUUGGUGUUUCACCUUGUUGCAGGUGGAUUAGAUAGGUCUUUAAAGCAUGUUUUUAUGUGGAUGAAGUUUGGGACCAAAAAAAAUGGCACUAAGGAGAAGCAGCUUUGUUCUCAGAGUAGCACUUACACAGAUUCUGAAUCACCAUUAGAAACAAAAGUUAUUGGAAAAAUCUUUCUUUGUGCGUGAGUGUGUGUGUGAGUGUGCGCAGGCCACUGAGUGGCAUAUUUUGUGCAUGAUUUGAGAUGAAAAAUUUGAAACUGCUUUUUUAUUUUCAAUUUUUAUACAAAUAUAAAAAUGAAUGAAGAUGCAUUGGAUAUAAAAGUUGUAUGACCCGACCCCACUUUUUUUUUUUUUUUUUUAAUACAAGUGUUCCUCGUAAACGUCACUAACCACAAUUGUCUUUUGUUGACGCAUUAUGAAUUUUAGAAUGCUUUCAGUGGCAGCAACAGUUUGGUUUCUUCAAAUUUAAAGACUUGCCCCUCAGCUCCCACCAACACAUACUGUACCUGUAUUGAAAUUGUUGGGGAACCCUCAGCUAUGUGUAUGGAAGAGGUAUUGAUAAGUCUUCCAACAAACUACUUAUAACCAGCAAUAUCAAGCUGCUUUAAGCGUAGUAAAUCCUUGCCUCAAUUGCACGCAUUGAAUCCAACAAAGUUGCUUUUACAAGUGCUUCCUAUUUUGGUAGGAACCAUUAAUUCCCAGUACGUUGUGGGGUCAAGCAAUUUGACAGAUUUAUGACCCAACCCUUUUGACCAAACAUUGCUUAACGCUGUAAUGCUGGCUAAUUUCAUCAUAUGAUUGUACAGUUCAGAAUUACUAUCGGCUAAAUAACUACUAGGUUUCUAUUUGUCACUGAACUCAAUGGCUUAUAAUUUGCAUCGUUUUUUUUCAGAUUUGCCUUCUUGUUUACCAAUUUAACAGUGCAAAAAAUGCAGAAUAGGCUUGAGUUUAAUUUUAGGUGAACUACACAUAAAAAAAAUCUUUGCACAAAAUGCUUUUGUUAACAGUGGUUCAGCUUUAGGAAUAUAGACACAAAAAGCUGGAGUAACUCAGCGGGACAGGCAGCAUCUCUGGAGAGAAGGAAUGGUUUCAGAUUGAGACCCAGCUUUAGGAAGGUGCAUUGGGAGUGUCAGUCUGGGGGAGGUUUAUAAUGUUUAGUAACACUGCUCUUUUAUCUUUCUACGCAUAUUAUGCAUAAUAUUAUUUGAGUAAUCCAUAUUUUGGUGAGACAUGUUAAUCCCUUUAGCAGUAAAUACUGCCUUAAACAAAUCUGUGCAUUUUCUUUUAAGUUAAAAGCUACAUUUUCAGCAGUGCAACAAUGGACAAAUAAUUGGCACAUUUUCUCAUGCCUUGUGAUUGGAUACUCAUUUUGUACAGCUAACUCAAUAAAAGCCGGAAAUGAUUUUUUUGAUUUUUUUGUUUUAAAGACAGUGCAGAUGUUAUUUUUAUAACCCUUAUUUAAGGUUUGCAGCGGAAUCCUUUGUUCUUUUAGCCAAUUCCUGCUGUUCAGCGAAAAUAAGCGAUCUGAAGAAGGAUUUGACCAGAACUGUCUCCGUUAGAUUUUAUGCUGUGAUGAAAAUAAAAAAGAAAAGUUGCCAAAUCUAAAUGCUUAUCUCUUGACCAUGCGUUCUAGUUCUACCUAUCCACAACAGCAUGCUCCGAAAAUGGCUUAAACUGAAGAGAUAUUUAAUUUUGUUCACUAUAGUGUACAUAUUGUGAAACUACGCUCUUUGUAUUCUUGCAAUAUUGAUCUUAUUUAUGAGCCAUCACUUAAUAAAGUUUGGUGAAGUCU